AUGGCCGCCAAGAAGAAGAUCGCCAUCAUGACCUCGGGAGGUGACUCCCCGGGCAUGAACGGCGUAGUCAGAGCCGUUGUCCGAACAGCAAUCCACAUGGGCUGCGAUCCCUACUGCGUCUACGAUGGAUAUGAGGGCCUGGUCCAGGGCGGCGACCAGAUCCGCAAGGCUGCUUGGGGAGAUGUGCGCAAUUACCUUGGACAGGGCGGUACCUUGAUUGGAACUCGCCGCUGCAUGGCCUUCUACGAGCGUCCCGGACGAUUGACUGCCGCGAAGAACAUGAUCCUCAACGGAAUCGAUGCCCUGAUCAUCUGCGGUGGUGACGGCUCCUUGACUGGUGCUGACAAGUUCCGUGCCGAAUGGCCCUCCCUGGUUGAGGAGCUUAUCUCGUCCGGCCAGCUUAAGAAGGAGCAGGUCGAGCCUUACAAGAACCUCAACAUUGUUGGUCUGGUCGGGUCCAUUGACAACGACAUGUCAGGCACCGAUGCCACCAUCGGCUGCUACUCGGCCCUCGAGCGCAUCUGCGAGAUGGUCGACUACAUCGAGGCCACGGCCUCUUCCCACUCCCGAGCUUUCGUUAUCGAAGUCAUGGGCCGCCAUUGUGGUUGGCUGGCACUCAUGGCCGGUGUUGCUACGGGUGCUGACUUUAUCUUCAUCCCUGAAAAGCCUAGGGAGGAGAACUGGGAGGAAGAGAUGUGCGAAAUCGUGAAGAGGCACCGAAGCUUCGGCAAGCGCAAGACCAUCGUCAUCAUCGCUGAGGGCGCCAAGGACAGCAAUGGCAAGAAGAUCACGGCAGAGAUGGUCAAGGAUUUGCUCGCGGACAAGGACGGGCUAGCUCUGGAUACUCGUGUCACAACCCUUGGUCAUGUCCAGCGUGGAGGUACCGCCGUUGCUUACGACAGAAUGCUGGCGACGCUGCAGGGUGUCGAGGCCGUCAAGGCUGUUCUGGAAGCCACCCCCGAGACCGAGACUUGCUUCAUCGCCAUUACCGAGAACCAGAUCGUUCGCAGGCCUCUCAUGCAAGCCGUUCAGGACACCAAGACGGUCGCGCAGGCCGUUGAGGAGAAGGACUUUGACAAGGCCAUGUCUCUUCGAGAUGCCGAGUUUUCCGAGAUGUUCAACUCAUACAAUUUGACGACGAACGUCAGAGUAGACGACCACCAUCUUCCUGAGAAGGAGAGAAUGAAGAUUGGAUUCAUCAACGUUGGCGCGCCAGCUGGUGGUAUGAACGCCGCUGUUCGCGCUGGUGUCGCGUACUGCCUUUCCCGCGGCCACGAGCCUGUGGCUAUUCACAACGGUUUUGCUGGUUUUGCAAGACAUCACGGGGACAAGCCCGUUGGUGCCGUGCGGCCCUUCGAUUGGCUUGAUGUUGACAGCUGGGCUAGCAGGGGAGGAUCUGAGAUUGGAACCAACAGAGAGCUUCCGUCCGAGUCCGGCAUGGAGCUCAUCGCCAACCUCAUUGAGAAGUACGAGUUUGACGCUCUUUUCCUGGUUGGUGGCUUCGAGGCCUACCACGCCGUGUCACAGCUGCGGAAGGCCAGGGAGUUGUACCCCUCCCUGUGCAUUCCAAUGGUGCUCCUGCCUGCCACCAUCUCCAACAAUGUGCCCGGCUCCGAAUACUCUCUUGGCUCCGACACUUGCUUGAACGAGCUGGUCCAGUACUGCGACAAGAUCAAGCAGUCGGCGUCGGCAACUCGCCGCCGUGUCUUCGUUGUCGAGACCCAGGGCGGUAAGUCUGGGUACAUUGCUACACUUGCUGGCCUUAGUGUCGGCGCAAGUGCUGUCUACACGCCAGAGGAGGGUAUGGACCUUGAAAUGCUGGCUGCGGACGUCCGUCACCUCCGCGAUGUCUUUGCAAAGGACAAGGGCCAAUCAUCGUCCGGUCGCCUUAUCCUUAUCAACGAGAAGGCCGACGAUGUCUUCAACGCCAAGCUCAUCGCCGACAUCAUCCGCAAGGAAGCGCGCGGAAGAUUUGAGUCCCGCGACAGCAUCCCCGGACACGUCCAGCAGGGAGGAGUCCCGUCGCCGAUGGACAGAUGCCGCGCCGUCAGAUUGGCCAUCAAGUGCAUGCAGCAUCUCGAGGAGUUCCGGCCCAAGUCUCAUAACAGGUGCAAGAGGGAUCCCAUGAGCGCCUCUGUCAUUGGAAUCAAGGGUGCCAGCGUUAUCUUCACCCCGGUCCUCGAUCUCGAGGACCACGACACGGAUUGGAAGAACCGCCGUCCCAAGGACGCUCACUGGGCGCACAUGAUGGAGGUGGUUAACAUGCUCUCCGGCAGACCCUCUCACCACAAGCCCGAGAGGAAACUCAGUGGCCUCAAGGCCAAGGACGUCAAGAGAGGCCUCGAGUGA